AUGCUGACUAUACCUGACUUAGAAGAAGCUGUGGUGCCACCAGUUUUACCUCCAUCACCUCCUGACGUGCUGCCUGAAACGGAAACAGAACAAAUACCUCUGCCAACCUAUUAUAUUAUUAGUAGGCCUAGUGUUGGUACCACAGGUAAACACAUACCUUUGCUUGAAAAUCUCUUAAAAGUUGCUGCUGAUGAUACAGAUGCAACCUUUUUCCAGUAUAGUGUUACUAUCACUUCGGAAGAUAAAAGAACUGUUGAAUGCAAGGGCUUUGGGAGAAAAGUGAUUGAUAGGCUUCACCAAACAUACUCUUCUGAACUUGGUGGCAAAAGCUUUGCAUAUGAUGGAGAAAGAACAUUGUACACAGUGGGUCCUCUUCCAGAUAAUAAGUUUGAGUUCAAAGUUCUACUUGAAGAAACAUUUUCAUUUCCAAAGUGUACUGAGAGUCCUGGUGCUAACGAAACCCCUUGUGAGGAAAAUAAAAGGACAAAGCGUUCUCUUCAGUCAAAGGCAUUCACAGUGGAGAUAAGUUUUGCUGCCAAAAUACCCUUGCAGCCUAUUGCUCUUGCACUUAAAGGGAUUGAGUCAUAUGCAAAUUCUCAGGAUGCAUUGAGGGUGCUUGAUAUCAUAUUGAGGCAGCGGGCAACGAAUAGAGGGUGUCUCUUGUUUCCGUCUUACACAAGGAGGAUUGUCUCUUAA